AUGCAGACCAGCGAAGACCUCCUCGUCUGCGUAGCUUGCGGAACGCAAUUUGAUGUCCCCUCUGACAAGCCAUUGGAAGCGUGCCGAAUUUGUGACGACCCACGUCAAUUCGUCCCAGCAAGCGGCCAAGCAUGGACAAGUCUAAAAGACCUACGAAACAAGCACCGCAACAAAUUCCAGCAAGAUGAAGUUGAGAAACGAAUGUGGUCCAUCACGACGGAGCCCAAAUUCGCCAUUGGACAGCGAUGUAUCUUACUCCAGACACCUGCGGGGAAUGUCCUUUGGGAUUGUAUCACGUAUCUUGAUGAGGAGACUGUGGAGUUUAUUCAGUCGAAAGGUGGACUCAAAGCGAUUGUUAUCAGCCAUCYGCAUUAUUAUACCACGCAUUUGGAUUGGGCGAGGAUAUUUGGUUGUCCGGUUUAUUUCUCUGUGGAGGAUGAGGAGUGGGUGUCGAGGCGUGAUGAUGUGGGUGCGAGGAAGCUGAUUAGAGAUGGGACGGAGGAGAUUGUGGAGGGUGUGAAGGCCAUUAAGGUUGGGGGACACUUUCCAGGCAGUUUGGUACUGCUAUGGGAGAAGAAGCUAUUCAUUGCUGAUUCCCUCGUUACUGCUCCAUCGGCAUACUACAAUGUUGCAAGGCACCCAGGCACAACUUCCUACUCUUUCAUGUGGUCCAUACCCAACAUGAUUCCCUUGCCGCCUUCGGAAAUGAUCAAGAUGUGGCAAGCAAUGCGUCCCUUUGAGUUUGAAAGCACACACGGAGCCUUUACGGGUACUGAAGUGCGUGACAAGGACGUCAAAGCGCGAGUACUGAAGAGUUUCAGAAUUCAAGCCAGAGGCGAAGGAUGGGAAGAUCAUCCCAUUAUGCAGGAGUUUAUCUAG